AUGACUAUUGCUGCAUAUGCGUAUGAAACAAAUGAAGCAAGAAGAGCACAUGAACUAGUUAACGAAAACUCAACUUUAACCAUUGAAGGCAAUGAUUUAGUCACUGACGAUGGAAAAACUAAAAAAGUCAUUGAUUUCGAUACUUUUAACACGUAUGACCCAUUCAAUACAACAAGUAAAGUUCCUAUCAUAAAUGAUGGAACGGUGCAAUAUAUAAAUUCAACAGUAGAUGCCUCAUUAGUGAAAGUAUUAAAUGUUCUCAUUGAAUUACUAAAGAGCUUUCGAUUUGACGACAACAUUAAAUGCUUAAAGAAUUUAGUCAUGAAUGAGAAACAAAUUCUCGGCGUUGCUGGUAGCAGUAAUGAUGUACACCUUAUGACAUUAGAAUAUUAUAACGAACAUAAAGAUGAACUGAAAGGAGAGAAGGGUGACACUGGAGCUCAAGGACCACAAGGACCACAAGGAAUACAAGGACCUCAAGGCGAAAACGGUUUGGAUGGAGAAGAUGGAAAGGAUGGAAAAACUGCUAAAUCAUGGAUAUGGAACCUUAUAAAUACUGGUUUAACAGCUGGUUCAUAUGGAGUUCUUCAAUACCAAAUCGGAAAGAUAUGGGCAGUACUUGGUGAAGAAGCUUUAGAUGACGUUAAAAAUGCUUUGAACUUCAUUUCAAAUGGUUCGGAUACUAUUAAAACUUUAUCUGGUUGGAUGCAAGAAACAAGGAGUCAAAUAGAUACUGUAAGACGUAUAGCAAACAAUGCACGUACGGGAUUGGAUACUUUACGAGAAGCACAAAAUACACUAAAGGAAGCAAAUGAUAUUCUUGGCUCAGUAUCAGACAUGCA